AACCAGGAUAAUCUGAUUUUUAAUGUUUGUUCAGACACUUCACCUUACUUAACCUUAAGCAAUAAGCUCUAAACCUUUAAAUAACAAUCCAAUUGGGACCAAUACACCGCUAACCCUAGAAAUUCGCCAUAAAAUUUGCCUCGUUUCUGCUCUCGUCCAACUCAAGAACUGCUGCUAGAAAUUACGCUCUGUUCUCACCCUAACUCAACAGCUGUUGGGAUUUCAUCCCAUCCCUGCAUCUCGAUCUUUCUGUAACAGGUCGUACUUCAAUUUUAUGAUAGAGGUUUAUUUUUUAAUCUGCGAUGUGAUCUAUUCUUAUUGCUUGAUCAAUCACGAACUGUAUUUUUCUAAUUUGAGGAGAGUUUGAUCUUUCUGCAAGCCGGCAACACGGUAUUUGGAAGAGUUGACUAAAAAUUCUAUAUAUGUUGAUGAGUAACUUCAUCAAUUACCCAUUCCAAGUAAUAUCAGUGUUCUCAAACCAUUCAACUCGAGUUCUUUAGAAGUUUUUGUCUUGUAUCCUAUUUUUCACCCAUCAUCAUAAAAUGUCUGUCAGAAAAAAAUUUAAACACCUCGAAAUACCAAUACAACUUAUAAAAUCAGCAACCAACAACUUUGAUGAGAGCCAUCUCAUUGGGAGAGGAGGAUUUGGCGAUGUGUACAAGGGAGAACUCCUCCAAUUGGAGGGGCAUACCAUGGCUGCUUUAAAACGUUUAGAAAUUGCUCGAGGGCAAGGUGAGCCUGAGUUUUGGAAGGAGGUGAUGACCCUUUCCCUCUACAAACAUGAAAAUAUUGUCUCCCUUUUAGGUUUUUGUGAUGAGAAAGGUGAAAAGAUCCUCGUGUAUAAGUAUGCUUCCAAGGGUAGUCUCGAUUCACAUCUCAAAAGCAAGAAUCUAACAUGGGUUCGACGCCUUAAGAUAUGCAUUGGGGCAGCUCGUGGAUUAGCGUAUCUUCAUAAUCCUAUAUUGAACAAACAAAGAGUAUUGCACCGUGACAUUAAAUGCUCCAACAUUAUAUUAGAUGAUGAUUGGAAUGCCAUAAUUGCUGAUUUUGGUCUAUCUAUACGUGUUCCCAUUAAGCAAGAAUAUUCAUUUAUGGUCUCUGAUGCUUGUGGUACUGCUGGGUAUUGCGAUCCACUAUAUGCCGAGACAGGGUUUCUAACAAAGGAAUCAGACGUUUAUUCCUUCGGCGUGGUGUUGUUCGAAGUGUUGUGCGGGAGGUUGUGUAUUGAUAACAAAGAUGAGCACCAACGUUUAACUGAAUUGAUACAAAAUUUUGGCAAUAACAUUGAAGAAGUUAUUUAUGAUGGUAUAAAGGAUGAAAUAAACCCUAGUGCCUUGCAGGAGUUUACAACAAUUGCUUAUCAAUGUUUAAGGAGAGAGCGUGAAGAACGUCCUUUAAUGGAAGAUGUAGUGCUAAAACUUGAAAGUGCACUCAAAUACCAACUUGAACCGAUCGAAAUACAACCGGAAGAUAUAAUAUCAGCAACAAACAACUUUGCUGAAGGUAACUAUAUCGGCCAAAGAGGAUUCGGAAAAGUAUACAAAGGAAAACUUGUCCUUUGGAAGGGGCCUACUAUGGUUUCUUUACAACGUUUAGGAAGUGUAUUCGCGCAAGCUAGAUACCUUGAGCAAUUGGAAGAAAUUAUGAUGCUAUCGGGUUACAGGCAUGAAAAUAUUAUCUCCCUCUUAGGAUUUUGUGAUGAGAACGGCGACAAGAUUCUCGUGCAAGAAUAUGCAUCAAAGGGAAGUCUUGACUUGCAUCUCGGAAGCAAUCAUCUAACAUGGGUUCAACGCCUGAAGAUAUGCAUUGGGGUAACACGCGGACUAGCGUACCUUCAUAAUCCUGGUUGGACACAACAAAGAUUAAUACACCGCAAUAUGAGUAGUUCAAAUAUCUUAUUAGAUGAAAAUUGGAAUGCUAAGAUUGUAGAUUUUGGUCUAAGCAAAUUUGUUCAAUCUAUGGUAAUGCACACAUUUAUCUUUACCCGUCCUAUAGGCAACCUUGGGUAUUGUGAUCCGAUGUACAUGGAGACGGGGUUAGUGACAAAGGAGUCAGAUGUUUACUCCUUGGGUGUGAUACUGUUUGAAGUUUUGUGUGGGAGGUUGUGUAGCGACAACCAUACACAUAACUCUCUUAUUCGAUUGGUACGGAAAUGUUACAGGCAUAACAAGAUAAAUGAAAUUAUUUUUGGUGAUAUGAAGGAUGAAAUACAUCCUGGUUCUUUGGAGGCAUUUACAACAAUUGCUUAUCAAUGUAUAAGCCUUGAAUAUGAACAACGCCCAUUAACAAAAGAGAUUGUGACAGCACUUGAAACUGCUCUCGAAUAUCAAGUUCAAUCUCCAUGUUCAAAGAGCAGUAAUGUGUCACCACCUCUGCAUUGGGAGAAAACACGUGCAACCGUAGGAAGUUUAUGGGCUGUGUCUGAUAAACAGGGAGAGCAAUCAAGGGCUCCUCAAAUCGAUAUGACCGAGCUUGAGAGUCUGUUUUGCGAACCAAGUUCUGAGAAGCUGAAACCAGAAGACAUUAAUUUGGUUAAUCGCGACUUAGCAAGUAAUUGCCAAUUCAUGAUUCGGAACAUAAAUAUUCCUCGACCUGAUAUUAUUAAUGUCAUCCUUGCAUUGGAUUCUUCUGCUGUGGCCGUUGAUCAAGCUGAUGAUCUUAUUAAACUUUGUCCUACAAAAGAAGAGAUGGAGAUGCUAAUGAGCUAUACAGGAGACAUGGAAAAGCUUGGACAACGUGAACAGUUUGUUUUGGAAUGUGCAAAGAUCCCAAGGAUAAAGUCAAAACUACGAGCAUUUGCAUUCACAAUUACUUUCAAUAGUCAGGUUAACUAUUUGACAGACAGCCUGAAUAAAAUCAAAGAUGCUACUAAAGAGAUCAGGGAAUCAACAAAGCUUGUAAAGAUAAUGCAGAUAAUUCUCAUGAUGGGGAAUAAAUUAAAUACAGGCACAGUUGGAGGAUCUGCUGGAGGAUUUAGAUUAGAUAGUCUUGAGAAAUUGGGUACUACAUAUGCAACAGACAAGGACAUCACAUUGUUGCAUUUUCUAUGCAAGGUGGUUGCUGAGCAAACACCAGAGUUGUUGGAUUUUGACAAGGAUUUGAUUCACUUGAAAGCUGCUUACAUGCAUAAGACAAGAAUUAGAAAUGUGCGUCAGUUGAAGUAUGCAAUAGUAGGUGGUUUUGAAGAGGUUCAACAAGAAUUCCAUGUUUCAGCCAAUGAUGGUUUUGUAUCUGCUCAAUUCAGAAAGGGAUUGAAGUUUUUUCUGCAUAGUGCUGGUGCUAAACUCCAACGCCUGACCUCCUUAUUUGAUGAAGUGGAUCAAUAUGCAGACUCACUUGCAGUAUAUUUUGCAGAGGAUCCCAGUCGUUGUCCUUGGGAGCAAGUUAUAAGUUCUUUGGUACGUUUUAUUGGUAAAUUUAAGAAAGCACACAUGGAGAAUAAACGGUGGGCAGAUACUGAAAAGAAGAAAUUAGAGGAAAAUGUUUGAAUUUGUCAAAGUCCAGUAAAGUUAGGUCCUACUUUAUUUCCUAUUUUCUUGUUUCUCUUUGUUUUUCACAGGCUAUUUAAAUGAUAUUGAGUCUACUUAUAAUGAAAGUAAAAAAUGCAAUCCAAAAAUAUGUAUGUUAACCUGUUAUAACAUCAUUCUUUAUGGAUCAUAGCAAUAUGUAACCUACAAUAUAUCAAUAUACUUACCUUUUUUACACUUAAUAAAAACAUAGUUUCUGGUUC